AUGUCAGCGCAGCAACAUGUCUAUGUCCUUGGUAUAAACGCCAAGCUUGGGGCUGAGGCUGAGGCAAGAUGGGGAACAUUUGACGAUAUCAUGAAGAAGAUCGAGGUCGACUUGGCCCGAGCAGAGAGAAAUGGCUUUCCAUGCACGCUACAGGUCGUCGAUAGUGGAAAUGUGGACAAGUCAUUGGCAGAAUUCGAGGCCAAUUUAAUAGCAGGAAAGGACAAAUACUCAGCGCUCAUGUUUGGCGGCGGUAUCCGGACAAAUCCAGACCCUUUGCCUUUCGAGAAGGCAAUCAGCAUCGCAAGGAAGGUACUAAAGCCGGAUGUACUGAUUCUGUUCAACGAUGGACCCGACAGGCAUUCUUGGGCGAUUGAGCGAGGAUUUGGUGUAAAAAUGGAGAUUGGCUAA